UACGAAAGGCAAAAGUCUGGCUAACUACUAUUCAAGGACUUUAACUUUUUAUUUCAUUCAGUUGUGAUGGAUUUACGUGUAUUAAUAGGUGUGGUUUGGGCAUGCGCGACCCUCUGCCAAGCACAGCGCCAGAUGCCUCCAAUAAUGUCAAAUCCAAACCCAGGAGCUGGGAUGCCUCCUGGUGUCCGAAUGCCUCAGAAUCCAAAUGCAGGGAUUGGCAUAUCAUCUGGAGUAAGAAUGCCUCAGAAUCAAGGUUCAGGCCCACGACCUGGUAUCAGAACUCCGAGUCAAGGUUCGGGAUUAUCACUGGGGACACGUGUCAAUAAUCAGAUGCCAAUGAUACCUGGAAAUAAUAUGAACGUGGCUAGGCCCGCACAGAGACCUGGUUCAGACCCAUCUAGGACUUCGACCGGACAAUGUACCGCAGCCGGUAUGAGCGUUAUCCAAAAAUGUUUCCAGGAAAAUGGUGGAAUACGCAUGCAAAACGUUUAUGCUCUUGUUUCUGGCAGUUCAAUGGCGCCAGGUUCAAGAAGCCGGGCACAAAUCACGUCCGCAAUAUGCAGAAACCAAGGCAGCAUAAUAUCGUGUAUUUAUGACGGGAUUAUGGGAUUAAGGGGAUCACAGGUUUGUUCGAGUACACAGGAGUAUUCACAGUUAGAACACGAAACUGUUUCAUUAGUAUCCGCUAUCCAGAACCUUUGUGGCAAAGGACCUUUAGCAACUCCUGAUACGUGUUUUAAUGAUAUUGACAAAAACAUGCGCCAGUGUUAUCAAAAGUAUGAAAUCAACCCGGACCCUGUUCAGUGUAAAUGGGACAACUGUACUGCAAUCUUCCGGCCCUAGCGAGCUUA